UUCAAAAUAAGUAAAAAGUAUACUUUUUGGUUUGGGGUAUAUGUUUUUGUAUUGACGAAUCUUCUUUGAAACAAUCAUGGAAGACUGCUGUAGGGGUUCUGUUUCUGUUUAUCAAAUGCAUUGAGAAAUUGACUAUGGUUGUGAAAUGUAACUUGAAAAACAUGUAGCUUUAAAUGUAUUGUUUUUUAUAGCAGUUGUGAAUUAAAGACAUUUUUUAUCAGCAAAACAAUGCACACCGCGUGAUCUUAUCAGUAGUUUCGAUAACACAUACUGCCUACGAUGGAAUGAAUUCAGCCCACAUUUGACAGUAGCGGCACACAAAGGCAGCGGCGGUAUGGAUUACUUAGGGACCGUUCAAGGAACAUCUAAUGGGGAUGUGCAGAGAACCGACGACUGUAUUGUCAACUACAACGGGUAUCCAGCCUAUGAUCGCGUGCUGAGCCACGAGGUUCGCAGACUCGGCAAGGCUCGUCGGAAGAACGCCUCUUAUACCCGGAGCCAGUCCAUGUCCGCCUGCCAGGCGGGGACGUACAGUGCGGUCGAAAUAAGCCGGAUCCGAGAGAGACUGCUUCGCACACAAAGGCACCCGCAGACGGGCCCACUGCGACACUUCACCAGAUCACAGAAACUAACCCUUCUGUCGCUCACACUCGUCGACUUCCUUAGCUUUUGUUCUAUGUCGAUAAUGGCUCCAUUUUUUCCUAAGGAGGCAGCACUGAAAGGAAUGUCUCAGUCUAUGUCCGGCCUCGUCUUCAGCGUGUAUGCAUUGGUCGUCUUCAUUUCAUCUCCAGUGUUUGGUAAAAUUCUCCCUCAUGCCGGGGCGAGGUUCCUGUUCCUCUCUGGGAUGUUUGUUGCCGGCUGCUGCAACGUUUUGUUUGGGUUGCUGGAUUACAUAGACCAGUAUGAGGUGUAUACUCUGUUUUGUUUCCUGGUGAGGAUACUGGAAGCCCUGGGGGCAAGUGCCUACGCCACUGCUAGCUUCGUGUUUGUUGUGUCGAUCUUCCCGGACAACAUUGGCUCUGUGCUGGGCAUCCUGGAGACCUUCGUCGGGCUGGGCAUGAGCGUGGGGCCGGCGCUGGGAGGCCUCCUGUACUCGGUGGGGGGGUUCGGCUUGCCCUUCUACAGCCUCGGGGUGAUCAUGGUUGUGUUUGUGCCCAUCAACAGCCUGCUGUUGCCCCCCAGUGACGCGUCCGACUCGGUGCGCAAGUCCGGCUCGUUCCUGAAGCUGAUGCGACUGCCGUCGGUGGCGAUUGUGAGCCUGGUGAUCGUGGUGGCGUCCAACAUGUGGGGCUUCCUCGACCCCACGCUGGAGCCGCACCUGCGCCAGUUCAAGCUGCGGCCGGAGCAGGUGGGGCUGGUGUUCCUGCUGUUCUCCGGGCUGUACGGUCUGUUCAGCCCGCUGUGGGGCCUGCUGGCGGACCGCCUCAACAACCACUGGUCCAUGAUGGUGGUGGGACUGCUGCUGUGCACCGCGGGGCUCGUGCUGCUGGGUCCGGCGCCCUUCCUGCCCUUCAGCGACAUGCUGUGGCUAAACCUAGUGGCUCUCUCACUCCUCGGAAUAUCCGUGGCAUUGGCACUGCUACCAACAUUUGAAGCUCUUCUUGAUAGUGCAAUCGAGGGCGGCUGCAGCGACGACAUAACCACGUACAGCUUGGUGGCCGGCGUCUGGUCCUGCAUGUACUCCCUCGGUGACAUGAUUGGUCCGUCGUUGGGGGGAGUGCUGCUGCAGCACUUUGGUUUCCGGUAUGGGUCCGUGGUGAUGGCAGCCAUGACCUUCAUUGUGGCCGUGGCGGCGGCCGUGUACUUCGCGGCUCGGGACGCGCACCGGGUGCUGCACGGAGGCUCGGAGAGCGCCAGCGACGGCUGGAGCGACAGCGACGGCAGCGACGAGGCCAGCCCGCUGCUCGCCCCGGAGCAGGGCGAGGCGGGGGAGGAUGUGCCGGCCCGCCGACCGCGCGCCCCGUCGCUGCACGAGGAGAGCCUGCGCGGCUCCGACCGCCUGCUGGACGCGCGCAAGCACCGCUGCUACACGGCGGGCGGCGCGUGCGAGGUGUAGCCGUGCCCUUCGGCCCCGCGCAGCUCGGUGCAGCUUUCCUUCAGAGUCGUUCAGUGAUUUCAACAUUUGCCACAGUAUAUAUUCCUGCUUGUCUCAAGUAAGUCUUCUCCUCGUCUUUUGCCGCAGAUCUUAAAGAUAAUCCUCGCCAAUGCAGUGAACUAGUGUCGUAUUUAAAAUACAUUGUUAUUAUGUAGUGAAAUGUAAGGGAGAUGACUUAUAAGCUGCAGGUGGUUAUUCAUGGCAGGGGUUUUUUGUGAAUGUAGACAUGUACGUAUGUAUGCGUAGUUUUCAUCGACGUACAGAAAGAGCUUGAGCAGACUACAUUUUAGAAACACUGACGGUAGCUUUUACGGCACGAAAUCUUAGUUUAAUGUAACUGAAAACACCUAGCUAGCAUUUGAGAUGAAUUCCUCCUGCUGUUUUUGAUCAAUCUGUGGCUGUAGAAAAUGUGAUUGCCUUGUACCAAAUUACAGAUUAUCAUAGGUAGUGUUUAAUUGAGGCCUUGUCUAAUACCAGCACAACUAAAUGUUACUCGUGGGCAAAAUACAUUAGUUCUUGUUUCGUAUGUGGUUUUUACGUCACCAAAUUAUAGCUCUUAGCUGAUAAACUAGUCUGACUGUCCACCUCCACGGUUCGCAGAGGUUGAACCAAUUGUUUGCUCAUGGACACAUGGUAAAUGUUGCGGGUGGAGGAUUGGCAGACUCACAAUUGUUUAGUAGGCUAGACUCAACCAUGCUACACAUACUCAGCCAGUAUAGUGCUCCUGUCGGCCACUUAUACGGUCACAUUGCUGAGCCUACAUGAUGCUGUGGCACUGCCUCUCUCUGUUACUGUAGUAGAGGCAUUUGUUUUUAACGUCUGCUUUGUUUCCAAAUGAAACUGGGAGACCUUCGUGUCUCCAUCAAAGUUUGUCCCUUUCCCGUCUUAGGCAUUCCGUCACAGUUUCAUCGUAGGAAGUAUCCCGGGCCGUCGGGUACAGCAGACUGCUCCGAGUGUCAGUCGCUGACGUUUCUCUCCCAGUCUCACACGGGCUCCGUGUGCGUGUGAGCGUGUGCUGUUGUCUAGGGAAGACUGUGAGGCUAGCUCAGCAUGCUGGCGUGCACUGACUUCCAAACACUCCACUUUCCAAACACUGAUGGCACACCCAGGCACUUAACCUGUCAGUGUGCAUGCUAACUACCAUAUGGAUGGUACACUAGUGCUAUUAUCUAAUACAUUUUACUUUUUAAGACAUUCAUAUUUCAUCAGCAAGUAUUUUCUGGCAAACAAUGAAUUAAUCAUGGUUCUGUCAAAUGCGGCAUGUUGGACUAUUCACAGUCAUGUUUUGGUUGGUUUUACAGUAAUCACUAAGUACUGUGACAUUUCUAUGUGCUCGUUCAUGGAAUCUCUGGGCUGUAAUUUCUACACUGAUUGAAAAUCAUAAAAAGAGUUUUUAUUUUGUUAUAUGUCAGUUUCACCCUAAGAACUUAAAAAUUAUAUGAUAACCAGCAAUUUUGCACAAAAUAAUAUUGACAAACACACUUGAAAUUUUUUUUUUUUCUAGUAAUACCCAAACUCAGAAACAUCUACUGUUUGUUAUAUAUGUUGUAUAUAUUAUGAAAUACCAAAAUAAGGGUUCCCUAGCUCUUGAUGAGUCAACGUGGUAAGCGACGACACAGCUCCGGUACUAGCCUGGACAGCUAGGCCUCCACCGGACCACGGGUUCACUGGGUCCCUGUGUGACGUGGGAAAUCGAGGUAAGAGCCAGCAGUGCUGAUAAGGUCUAAGGGCUAAGGACACAGCCAACUGUCUGCUUAGCCGAGUGAGACAGGAGGCCGAGGUGGUGACUUUGCUGGGAUGGGUAGCCUCAGUCUGUGGUCACAGCUGAAGCUCUAACACCUUUCCUGAUUGCGUACACGGCGUAUUCCGUAUCCUCGCCCAUGGGACCCCAGGCCGGUAGGGCUGAUGCUGAGAGGGCUGGGCGGGACUAAUCCCCUAAUGAUGUAUGCAUGUAUGUAUGAUGCCCAUGACGAAAUGACUGCAGAUAGGUAUGCAAGUGGUUUUCGAACAACUUUUGCCAGGUAAUAUAUCAGGAUGUGCGAACUGAUUCGUUAGCAACACACACGGUUGUUGAGUGGAACAGUGAUGCAUCCUGCACCCAGCAUCACUCUCCUCGUGCUUCACUCUCACGUGGUGAUGGUCGCGGGGUCGACUCGUCUGAGAGUGCAGUCGCAGAGAGGUGUCCGCAACCUUGGAGGCCGUGUCAAGUGUCUGUGUGUAACCAUGUGACUUCAUGCUUGAUGGCUAGCGAUACAUUCUGUAGGAAAUUGUACUGGAUCGUAAUUUCUAUAGCCACUGUUGUGUUUCUUUAACCAUAACUACUACAUGUUAUUCGGGGCUAUAUAUUCAUCCACUUAUCGCGUUGAGCCAGCUCCGGGGUCGCCAAGGGAAGACAUCUACGGCGCGCCGAAAAUGCUUUAGAGAUCCACUUUGACUGAGAUGUUUCCCCUCCUUAUUUCCUUACCUCGUUUCCCCUCCUUGUUCCCCCUUCCCCUUGUGUGGUGUCUUGGUUGCAUGGCAACGUUUCCCCUCCGCGCCUGCGCUGUUGGUUCGCCGAGCCGAAAACGUGAAAAUAGAACAACUGAACUUGUUGAUUUAUCUUUGAUUCUAAGUGAUGUGUCAUGUCUCCUAGCUGGUGGAGACAUUGACUGUGUUAUUGCUCCUUGGAUCUCCCACUGUAUAGUAAUUUUUGAACAUUAAUAGUUGGGGUGCACAUGUGAUACACAUGUCACGUGCUGGUCGUACCGUGUGCUGAAUGUUGAAUGAUGAAUCUGUGAUGGUAGUACUCAAGCACACUCGAUAGUGCAUAAGGCUGUUAUAAUAGUAUCACUGCAGUUCACAUGUUUCUUGAGUACGCAUACUUGGUACAUAGGCUGUGCUAGUAAACAAGCUACGGUAAAAUUUAUUUUUAGGGAAUCUUUCUAAACUUAGCAUGUUUUGUAGUUCAACUACAAAGAUAAACUAUUUUACAACAUAGAAGUACAUUUAGAGUUGGCAGUGGAUAUAUUUAAUUGGUAGCAUUAGUUAAUGUGUAUAGUGUACUGAUGGCCAUGAGGCAAAAAAUAAUGCUUUAUACUUCUCAAAUAUUGUCUUUUCUUGUGACAUAUUGUAAAGGUAUGGAGACUUGAAUAUUCUCAGGAUUGCUACAAGGGUUUAAAACCUAUAAAAACAAGUUACAAAACUUUACUCUUUAACUGUAUGUUUAUUGCCAAUUAACUCUUUAUGUUUACCAUAUAAGUUAGUAAAAUUUGUGGAGAUGAAGCAUUAAUGUAUGUUACUUAUACUUAGUUGAACAGAUGUGUGAAUGCGAGGCAGGGCUUGUGUCCAGGUGCAGUGCGUGCUGUACAGGUGUGAGGCCAGGUUGUGUCGAGGUCCGUCUCGCAGUCUCGUGGAGCCUGUCCCGUUCCUUCUGGUUCAGUGCAUAGCACUGCCGUCUUGAAAUUGUGUCACAGGUUUUUGUGAGCACCAGAGAAAGACCAAGACCUAAGCUAAUCACUCUGACAAGCACAUCAGAUCAGGCUGUAUUCAGUGCAUACUUCCAGAUUCUGUCCAGCAACUCAAAUUUGCGAAUUUACGUGAUUUGGUUUCACUGCACCAAGAGGUUUGUGCCGUUUUUCAGUAUUACGAGAGUUACUACAAAUCCACGUUAGUCUAUUUUAUAUGGUUUGUUUGCUAGUCAUAGGCUAAUUAAUAUUAAAUUAACCAGGAAGUUGUGCUCCUGAAGCUUGGAUGGAUUUAUUUUGUUCGGGGUAGCAUCUUAUCAAUGGAGCUGGCGGAAGUUUUGCCUGAGUGAGUUAGGACCAGGCUGCCUUUCAUACACUGCGCCUCGUGACUUCAUAACGUGGGUGGAGUCGUGACGAUGAGCUCGAACCUUUUGUGUACUUGUUAAAGGUUUGUGAACUACUGUACAGUGACGGACCAGGGGGUGGGGGGAUAAAUCCCCCACCCCCCUGCCCUCACCUAAGUUACAAACAAUGUGCAAAAUAUCAGUGAAGACAGUAUGUUACUGUGUGAGAAGCCACGGUUGUCUACGGCUACUAUUGUAGGCCCAUUUUCCAUUGUGUUAGUGUUAUUAGUAAUAUAAGUUUUGAAUUGUUUUACUUUCAAAAUUUGCACUCCCUCUUCUCCCCCCUAAAAAACAAAUUGCUGUAUUUACCUGAAUGCAAGAUGAGGCUCAAUAUUUUAACCAAUUUUUGGGGCAUAGGAUCUGGGAAAACAUUUGUAUUUUGACAGGGUGUCCAGGUCAUGAAAGUCAGCAAAGAUUUUCUAAAGGAACAGGAACUGUGCUUAAAUAUUUUGUUCUUUGACAUCUCACAUCAGUUUAUGGUUGCACAUUAAGUAUAAACAGCUGGAGAUGGUCGACAUAAAUCUCUGAAAAGGCACCAUUAAAGUGAUAAACCCAUUGCAAAAGGUGAGACAUGGUAUUUGUACAUAAAAGUCACUUUCAAUUAGAUACCUAAAAAAACACAAAUGUGGAAUUGCUAUUAAAUAUGUUUGGAAGAAACAUUGACUAGCAUUUGGGUAAAUACAUAAUGUUAGUAGAGUGCAUAAUAUUAUUUAAUGUGAUUAGGCAUUAAUGUAAUAAACUUUUGUUGAAUGUGGGUAAUAUUUUAAGUGUCUUAGUUUGUGAAUAUUUAAUUUUAAUCAGUGUGUGAUUACUUUGUGUUUAUUUAUUUGUGUUCAUUUUAUCAUAUCAUUUUCUUUGCCAAGUAUUUAAUACUAUCCGAAAUGGGACUUGAUUGUUAGAUGAAUAGUAUAGGUUGUUUUAGUUAAUACUCAUUAGUCCCAAGUAUUAUGAAUGCAAUUUGUUUAUAAUUUGUAAGACAUUUUUGAACAAUAAAAUACCUGAAUCAUUUUCCCUCAGCGUAUUGUGACAACUGACAUGCUUCAUGCAGGAGUUACUUCCGCAUGUUGAACGCCAUGUGACUGUACUAGGCAGACACUCGACACAGCAAGCCGAGUCAAGAAGGUCUGCAAGUUUGGGACUCAACAUACAUUUGAAUUGUUCAAUCAAAAUGGGCAUGUGAUAAAACUACUUAUUUUAAAGAUAAAAGGUUUUGUGUACCUGUAUAAUGUAAUUCAGUAGCAUAGUUAAGCUUUUGAAAAACAUAAUUCUUCAACUACGUGGCAUGCUGUGAGGAUAUUGGUACCAGCUGUUGAGUGUCAUCGUGAUUCGAGGUUCGAUACAACUGAAACAAUUCAUGUCUUUGGAUGUGUGUUGAUGGCAAAUGCAAAUUUGUUCUCUGCAAUGGUUCAGCGAGAUUCAUUUUGUGUUUUAUUUAUUUUUGUUUGCUUUGUCGUGUUGCUUGCCGAGCGGCAGCCAGACCCUAGACACGCUGCUUGUGGCGACCUACCGUCAAAAUCAGUCCUUUUCAAUGUGUCGCUAAGGGGCCUCCCUAGCGCGCUGGGCUCCGGGCCAGUGCAGCAGCUAGUGGGUGGGCGAGCUCUCGGGAAGAGGCGGAGGGGAGGCUCUUGUCGCUGUAUCUGCUGGAGUCCAGUCGCUGCCUUCCGCUACACACACCAUGAUCCAGCUCUCGUAUCACCUUGCUUUUCAACAGUGUUUAUUAGUGUUGCGCCCCAGACUAUAUCUAGUUCAACAGUGUUUAUUAGUGUUGCGCCCCAGACUAUAUCUAGUUCAACAGUGUUUAUUAGUGUUGCGCCCCAGACUAUAUCUAGUUCAACAGUGUUUAUUAGUGUUGCGCCCCAGACUAUAUCUAGUUCAACA